AUGCCAAGUGGAGGACAUAGACACCUAAAACGACUCGCAGCACCAACAAAGUGGGGACUAACCAAGAGCAUUGGGAAGUAUGCGAUCAGACCACUUCCUGGAACACACUGCAAGGAGCUAUCCAUUCCAAUGCACUACAUCCUGACCAAAUUCCUGAAAUUGGCUCACACUUCUAAGGAAGUGCACUACAUCAUUGAAAACGGGCUUGUUGUGGUGAACCAUAAGAGAAUCCUAAACCACAAGUCUGUGGUGGGACUGUUUGACGUGAUCUCAGUUCUGAAAUCCAAUGAGCACUAUCGCCUGAUACUGGGAGUAAACAGGAAGUUCAAGCUUCAGAAAGUAAGCAGUGAAGAAGCCAAAUACAGGCUAUCAAAGGUGAAAUCAAAGGGAUUUGAUAAGAUUAAAUUGGGAGAGAAAGAGGUGGAAGUGCCAAUGACAAGAACAACUUGCGGAUACAACUUCAGACUCGCUGACCCAUCAAUUGAUCUCAACAACACCGUUAAAAUUGAUAUUGUGGGAAACAAACUGAUUGAAAGCUACAAAUUUGAGAAAGGGUCGAUUGUGUUCAUUUACAGUGGAUCUAACACGGGACGAGUUGGAACAAUCAAAUCAAUGGAGAAGCAGCCUGAUGGGAAGACACUGAUUCAGCUUGUGGACGGAAACAUGAAGCACUUCUCUACCCUGAUGACAUCAGCGAUGGUGAUUGGAAAGGACGAGAAGACAUUCAUCACACUGGAUGAGGAGAAGGGAAUCAAGUUGACUGAGUACGAGAAGUCCAAUCUGAAGUAUGAGACCAGUCAGGUAGCAGAAGAAUGA